AAGAAUGAAGGAGAUCGAGUAACUCACGCCACACCAUCCAGGGCCGAGUUUCACCGCCAUGUCAUUCGACCCGACCAGAUCUAACGAAGAAUCAACAACCAAUUCCGAUUAGAGAUGAAAUCCGGCCGAUAAAAAAUUGCAAUAUUUGGCAAAGGCAAUGCAAGAAAGUCCAAGCAAUGUAGAAUUUCCCGCCAAGUAAUCAAGGGGACAUCACUCUAAAAUCAUCUGAAUGCAACGCUCGUGACUGGUCAUGUGAUAGAAGCAAAGCAAAACAAAACUGGUGAACAGGAAGCCGGCUUAAACGAAAGAGUUAAGAUUUGGCCAGUUACUAGUAAGGUGUAUAUGAAAUAGAAUGGGAAAUUUGAAAAUCAAGAUAGUUCUAGCAUGUCUGUGUAUUUUUACACUAGCCACUGCUGACAUUUUGAAAUAUCUUCCGAAAGAUGAAUUGAAAAAGAUAGAUGAUGCUAUUGGUAUCAAUGGAGAUAUAUCUGGAUUUCUGAAAUCUUUAUUGAACCCGUCCCGUUUUAAGAAAGUUGAUGCUCACCCUCCCAAAGAGAGCGUUAUAUAUUCAGGAAAGAUAAGGACGAGUUUUGGACAGGUUGGCCAUUUCUCCCUAAAGAAUUGUGGUGAUAAAUCAAAGGAGGUCUUUUCCUUGACAUAUCUGAGUAUUACUCCAGAUCCUUUGGUUUUUCCUGGUCAACUGACUGUUAGUUUCACAGGAACUGCUCACAAGAAUAUUCAAUCACCUGUCAAUGCAAAUGUGACACUGAAGAACUCUAAAACUGGUGUAUAUCCAUGUGUAGCUAAUAUUGGCUCCUGUGAUUAUAAUGAUUUAUGUGCCAUGUUAGAGCUGAUCCAAGUGUGUCCCCCACCUCUUACAUCUGCUGGUAUCCCCUGUAAAUGUCCCAUUAAUGAAGGUAACUAUAAAUUAAAAGAGGCUUCCUUUGAUGUUGAAGCAGUAGUAUUACCACCUGGCGAUUAUAUGGCUCAAGCAAAUAUGACUUCUGGAACUGAUUUGAUUGGUUGCUAUCAAGUUUAUGUCUCUUUUGCAUAAUAUUUCGUCCAGUGCUCAAAUACAUUCCUAAACAGGGUUAGACGUGUUCACUAACAUCAUCAUAUUCAAUUACAAACGAACAUUAAAUAAUUUUUAUAAAUUGCACUCUAGUUGUAAUUUUUUUGUUGUAAAUAAUCAGGACAUUUACCUUGGAAUUCAAUAUAUUUCAAUUUUUGCUUUAAUUUCUACCCUUUCUCAUAUUUUUCUUGAAACAUUUGCUUUUCUUUUCAAUCUUGAUCUUGAUGCAACAUGCUUCCCUCCUUUACAUUUACUAUAUUUUUAGAUGUUUGUGCAUUUUGUAAUAAAAUACUCCAAUAAAUUUAAUUGCUUAUGUUU